GUUGCUGUUUUGUAGGUUUCGGGAGUGCGAUGUUGGUUGACAUCCCCGGAGCUAAGGCCGGAUCGGGGAAGGCUGACUUUGGUGCGCUAGUGCUGUACUCCAUCUCUAUCUACCUAAUAUGGUCAUCCAUCUCCUCUUGAACUUUCAAAGUCAUCCAAGUUCGCUGGCUGGCCCCAUAACAUGAAGAAACCCACCCGUAACGCGACAGUCUACGACGCCGUCGCCGGCCGCGUCGCCACAGACGGCUCAAUCAGACUCCCAACAGACCCGCAAGCCUCCACCGGGAUCCCCCUACGCCCAGACGAGGUCCUCUUCAAGCGCAAGGGCGCACCCCAACGCUACGAAGAAGACGACAUCUACAACGCCGACAGCAAGCUCCAUCCCGACGACCAAAAGCUGCCGGACUCCGACCUGCUAAAGGCACUCCACGCCUACGCCUCUGCGUUCUACGCCGGCGCGUUGAGUCCGGGAGGAGCCCGGAAGAGCUUCAAGUCCCUGGACGAGACUGCGCUGCUGGCCAUGGGCAUCCUGAUGGAGGAGGCUGCCCGUGAGACCGUCGGCGCGUCCGGCGACUUGGUCUUUACUGAAGCGGAUGAUCUUGAUCAUGAUCAUGAUCACGUGUGCGGCUCCACUGGCAGGGGAAGUGGUUUGGCUGGAGGCGAGAGCGUAGUCGAUCGCACGUCUAGACAGAGCCGGCUGCAGGAACAUGAGCGGAUUCAGGCUAUGCUGGAUGCUACUGGCCAUCCCGAUGCGACGAAGAAGAAGUUGGGCAAGCGUGCUCGGCCCAGGUAUGAGGUUGCUCUGACGGGAAAGGGAAGGGCAAAGGAUUGAAUUGGGGUAUACGUGGAUGGGUAAUCCAUCUUCAUCUGCCGUGCGAGACUGUCGGACUACGGCUUUGUUUGAGCCUUCUUACUGGGUUUGCUGCUUUGGCCGCAGUCCUACUACCAUUCUCGGAUAUGCUGGACGGAUAUCUGUCUUCGAGAGCAUAAAGUGCAUCAGCAGGGCAGACCAAUUCCCAGCGGCACGAACCGUUGUUGGCCAUCA